AGGAGGACAGGACUGUCAGGAGGCACUAGGCGAAUUGUUCACAUCACACACUCAUCAAAUCAAAAGCGUUGAGAUUUAUAUGGGAAGAACGAAAACAAAACAUUUUCCAUCAGUUGUAGAAAACAUAAAGAAAAUGCCCUUAUUUGGAAAGGAAAAGAAAACGAAGAAAGAUGGGAAAGAUAAUGAUAAACAACCUUCUUUGGAAGACAAAUAUUACUUGAAAGAAUUGCUUGGAACUGGAGCUUUCUCUGUAGUCAGGUUAGCAGAAAGUAAGGAAAAUCCUGGUAUUCUGCAUGCUGUGAAAAUAAUUGAUAAAAAAGCUCUCAAGGGAAAAGAGGACUCUCUAGAAAAUGAAAUCAAAGUUCUUCGUAGGUUGAGACACCCCAAUAUUGUACAGUUAUUGGAAACAUUUGAAGAUAAAUCCAAAGUCUAUCUCAUCAUGGAACUGGUCACGGGUGGUGAAUUAUUUGAUAGGAUCGUCGAAAAAGGUUCUUACACAGAAAAGGAUGCAGCUGAUUUGAUAAGACAGGUUUUAGAAGCUGUAGACUACAUGCAUGUGCAGGGAGUGGUGCACAGAGAUCUGAAGCCCGAGAACUUACUUUAUUAUAGUCCAGAUGAAGAUAGCAAAAUUAUGAUAAGUGAUUUUGGUUUAUCAAAAAUGGAAGAUUCUGGAAUAAUGGCUACUGCGUGUGGAACACCUGGAUAUGUAGCCCCAGAAGUUCUUGCACAGAAACCAUAUGGAAAAGCGGUAGAUGUCUGGAGUAUAGGGGUGAUAUCCUACAUCCUAUUAUGUGGUUAUCCACCAUUCUAUGACGAGAAUGAUGCAAAUUUAUUUGCCCAAAUUCUCAAAGGGGAAUUUGAAUUUGAUUCUCCGUAUUGGGACGAGAUCAGUGACUCUGCUAAAGAUUUCAUCAGACAUUUGAUGUGUGUUCAUGUCGAAAGAAGAUAUACUUGUAGGCAAGCUCUAGGACAUCCUUGGAUAUCUGGUAACGCUGCCAGCAAUAAGAACAUCCAUGGAACUGUGUCAGAGCAACUUAAGAAAAAUUUUGCCAAAUCUCGCUGGAAGCAAGCCUAUCAUGCCACUACUGUUAUAAGGCAAAUGCAGAAGAUGGCGUUGAGUAGCGGAAGUGGAAGUAAAAGUCCCACUCCACAACGUAGCAUGUCCAGUGGAACUCCGUGCGGUAGUCUUAAUGGUGCCCAAGAUAAGUAAAUGUAACAUCAUAUUGUUAUUGUUUUAGAAUCUCACUGCUGCGCAAUUCGAUUAAAAUUGAAGUCAUCUUCUUAAAGUUGGAGCACUGUUGAUAUGCUCAUGAUUGCCUCCAUCUCAAAAAAUAUUCAGAUAUGAUAUAGGUACUGGGUGAUUCAUAUGAAUAAACUUGAGAUAUCAUAGCUCAUGAUAAAUAAUGACUAAAUGAAAGAAAAAUAUACCUAUGAGAUGUACUUAAUGAGGACAGCUUAAAAGCAAAUAUUAGUCAUUAUUUAUAACAAUCUAUAGGCAUGUCCUCAAGUUUAUGCACCUAAGUAAAUAAUCUCCCUGUAGGUGUUAGAAUAAUUAGAAAAUAUCAUGAAACAGUAGCUGCUUCAAUUUUUUGUACAUUUAGAUUUUAUAUAGCCCAAGUAAUUGGUUAAUUAUUAAUGUGAAUGGACAAAAGUUUCACUUUUUUGGAUGUGUUGAUAGUAAACAGAUGACAGAAACAAACUUUCACUCAUUGCUGAUUUCUUGUCAGUUACUCUUUGAUUGAAAAAUAUGGAGUUUUUGUAUUUUGCUUGUCUUCCUCAUGUUCAAUGAAAACAAUGGAAAUAGUUUGGGGUCCAAAUACAAAUAAUAUUCAACUUACACCAACUUGAAUAUUUCAUUCUCUGUCGAGAAUAAAUCAAUAAAAUAGAGCGACGUACUUAGAUGAAGUAAAUUGGUAUUUAUUUUGUGGUAGUUCUGCCCUUAAAAAAUAUCUGAAUAUGUUCUUAGUACUACUAUUACUACUAUUAAUAUUACACCAUUGAAUAUGUUGAGUAGUUUUUCGCCGAUAUCAAAUUGUGCCUCUAUCUAUUAUCAGAAAUACUGUGAACGGCUAGCCAAUAUCAAAUCACAUCAACUUAAGAAUAUGACUUUGAAGCUGUUCAGCCCCAGCUCACUUAUUAGAAUCCUAUUAUACCGCCCCAAACACACAGAAAAAAUUUCAGUGACAACUGAGCAACAAAAUGAAAUCAAUUUUUAAGUACCAGCUUUGAAGUAUCAUUCUCGAUGUGAGAUUUCAUUCAAUGCAUGUCUUCAAUAACUAUCCAUGUGCCCAUUUUGAUUAAUCAUCUAAAGAUUUUACAAAAACAAUUAUUCAUUUUGUGAUUUAUUCCGGGGCCAAAUUUAUAAAAACUACCAAGAGAAAUGUGAACAUUUGUAUUUGUUGCUCAGUUUAUAUUUCACUUUGGCGGUUCCACAAACCGAGGUCCAAUUACGCAGUAUGUUUUUGUAGUUUUAUGGCUGAUUCGAAUUGGAGCUUCUUGAAUUAGUGUUUUCAUUACUGAACCUCCUUGACUUGAAAUUGAAAAAUCGAUCAAAAACAGAAUUUCAUAUUGCCACAAGUAGAAAUAAGUUGCUUCAGGUAGACAAACCUUAUUUCUCCUAUCUCAAUUUUGCAUGGUAUAAGAGGUCCUCAAUUUCUUUGGUCAUGAAGAAAGUUCUCAUUCAUUGUAAGUACAUGUUAUUUUGAUUGUAUUGAAAGUGUUCCAUUCGAUUUUUGGCUAUAUGGAGAAAUUGGAAACUAAGCCAGCUGAGAAAAAUUAAUAUAUCUGAUCUAGCUGCUCUCUACCUUCAUGUUCAUUCAAUAUUACGCAUUUGUUGAUCUUAAGCAAUAUUAAAUGUUAAAAUGGAGUUUACAAAGUGACACUUAUACCGAACUAGCUUGCUUGAGUUAAAAAAAAUGUUAAAUAUGUAAUCAUUUGUGGAAUACGAGUCGACUUGUAUAUAUCAUGUUCAAAGUUCACAGUACACAGUUCAUAUCCUCAACAGAAUUUUCUGUGAUAUAAAUUAUAGAUCUGAAAUCGAACAUUUUGAUAUGGGUUAUUUGCCUGUGAAUAAUGCUCAAUACUCAACUUUUUAGUUUCAAAUUUCGACGAUAAUACUAAAUAACUGCUAGGCAUGAAUUCUCCGAGGUUUCUUCAAGUUGAUGUUUCUUCAACUAUAAAUUGUUAUUGGCCUGUGUAAAUGCCUAAAAUUACCAUAUAGGUAUCCGUCCAAAUGGAUUGAUUCAUUUGGUGAAUGUCAUGAUUUUGAACAUGAUGUAUGUUAUGAUACUUCCAUACUCACACAAUGUGAUAUAUUAUAUAAUAUAAUGAUUCAUAUCUAUUUUUGCUUUUGAGGAAAUACAGUGUAAAUAUGGAUUUCACCAGGAGUCAAUGUAUUUUCGGCAAAAUGUAUUGUAUGUAUGCCUGUGUAAUAUUCUCAUUUGUUUUGGUGAUAAGCAUCCGAAAGCAAUGAACAUUGAAUCUCAGUUAUCACAACUUAUUUCAUCUAAUUCAUGUUAAUUCAUAAGUAUCUUUGAAACGAUACUAUAACUGUUAUAUGUUUUUAUUUGUGAUACAAUCCAUUUUUCCUUCGCUUAAAUAUUUACAAAACCUUUUGGUGUCCUAUUGUUAAAAUCCUAGUUGGUCAAAUCAAGGUAUAUGUUGCUCAGAAUUGGAGGAAGAUUAAUUUUUUUUUUAAUGAGUUUACCAGACUGUUUUUAGGAUGGGCUAGUAUAUGUUUAAAAUUUUCCAAUUUGUUGAUAUCCUUUAUUAUGGAUGGAUUAUUAAAAAAAAAACAUGUUAUCAAUAAUUGAACCCUCAUAUCACUUCGGGUUUUGACAUGAGGUGACAAAAUAAUUGUUAUGGGUAGACAUGACUAAUGUAUCCUUGAAUCCAGCGUCAUUCUAUCUAAGUGCCUUUUUACUUAUUCAUAGUGGAAGGAAUCAACAAAUUAAUAGAUCAUCAAAUAUUGUAUUCUGUAUAACAAUGCUUAUCAGAUUAUCACCAGAUUUUUAUUGCUUUUGUUUUUCAUUGGAAACAUUAGUUUUUAAUGACAAUAAUAACUGGCGAUAGGAAGCAAGAAUUUCAAUUCAUGACUGAUGAUGCUAAGUUCAAACAGGAUAUGCAAGCUCACUACUCAUUUAUAUUGAUUUUCAUACCGAAACUGAAUUAUUAAUUUGAUCAUGUUGUUCUUCCAUUCUCCUGAAAAAGAUUGUUGUUCUAAGCUGCAAGUGUGGAAUUGCCAUAUUCAAUGGAAUAUUGUCUAGUUGUCAGAGAGGUGUUAGAGAACUGGUAUGAAAAGUAGGUAUGUAAUUUGUAUCACUGUAUGAUAGGCCAUGAAUCUUUGAACAUUCCAUUGCACUACUCAUUGCCUUUAUUUUUUUAUUUAAUGAUACCAGGGUGCUCAUAGGAACCUUAUAUUUAUAUAAUUUUUGGGUUCAUGAUUAUUUUCGGUUUAGUCGGAAGUAAUCUCAACUUCAGAUAUUUCUACUGCACAUAUCUUGAUACAGCAGAGUCCUGUUCGUUUGUGCUUGCUCUACCUGCUGAACUUGAUUUUUUUCUAUGAUUGUUUACAUCAUGCAAUGAACAGAGACAACUAUGGGAAAAAUCAACUUUUGCGAGUUCAGCAAUACAAACAAACAGGCCCAAUAUGAUUAACCACCCGGUAGAACCUUUUGGGAAGUUUACAAUCAAAUUUUUCGAAUGCGAUAUUGUCGGUUUUCAUUCUGAAAAUUUCAAUGUUUCAUGUUAGACGACUCAAAACUUGCAGAGGAGUAAUCCGAUUCUUGUGGUCACCCGGUAUAAUACUCAUGAUUUUGGAUAAGCUUUACAAAAUUGAAACAAAACAUCGAUGCAAAAUAUUGUUUCACAAAAUAAGUACUCGCGAUGUGUAACAUUUUUAUAAAUGUAUUUACAGACAAGACAUUUGUACAUGACCAGCAGUAGAGUUUUUUGCAAAGAAAUAUUAUUUACAUAAUUUUAUCACCUAUUUAGUAAGCGUCCUUUUUUUAUUAUAUUUUUUAAGCAGUGUUCAGAAAUGUUUAAAUUUUAAUUAAUGUUAAUUUUUAUUUGUUCAUCAUAAUGUAUUUUGUAAUAUUUUAUUGUUGAAUAUAUGAUGGGUUU